AUGUCUAUCAAGCGCGCCCUGUCCAAAGCCAUUAAGGGCCAUAUGGGUGGAGGUGAGGAUGAUUCCUCGAGUACCAACCUCCGUUCGGCCCUGUCCCCCAAGACCCGUACCUCCACCUCUCGUUCGGGGUCUCCCACAGCCUCCCCUCGUCGCAGUAUCCUAGGAAACUUCCUGCGCGAUAAAAAUGACUAUGUCUCUUCCUCCGAUGAUUUCUCGGACGACUCUUCAACCGGUGCUCUGAGCAAGAACCAACAAAAACGGUUGGUCCGCCAGCACCGGCGCAGUGAGCGCAGCCGUCUCAGCGAGGAGAUGUUCUCCGAGACCGAUCACCACCGCAAAGAAGAGGAGAUCACUAAAGCCGCAGCCGCGGAAACCGCGGAUAUGAAAGCUCGUUAUGGCCAGUUGCCUCUAAUGCAGUCCUCGGUGCGGCCGCGGGAACUCCGGACUCGCAUCGAUGACAUUACCGCUGCCAUGGAGGGACAGGAGGUCACCUUCACGGCACGACUCCAUGUUAUCCGCCGGAUGAGUGCUAAGCUAGUCUUUUUGGUCUUCCGCCAACAGCUGGGCACUUUCCAAGGUGUGCUGCACGAGAAAGCGGGGGUCGCCUCCAUUGCCAUGAUCCAGUGGGUCGAGCACCUCCGAGUGGGGUCCUUCGUCAAGGUCCGCGGUACCCUGCAGAAGCCCGAAGUUCCCGUUCUUGGCUGCUCCAUCCACGAUGUCGAAUUGGCCAUUGAUUCUGUUCACCUUCAAGUGCACCGUGAGGAACCUGUCCCCUUCAGUGUAUAUGAAGCGGAGAUUCGGACCAAUGAAGAAGAGAAAGCCGAGGGUCGCCGCAACCAUAUCCCCGACCGGACACGUCUGGCCAACCGAAUCCUUGAUCUGCGCACUGCGACCUCGCAGUCUAUCUUCCGUAUCCAAGCCGCCACUUGCAACCUUUUCCGUGGCGCUCUCGAUGACCGUGAAUUCAUCGAGAUCCACACACCUAAGCUCCAGGGCGCUGCCACAGAGUCUGGAUCUAGUGUAUUCCAAGUAAACUACUUUGGUCGCCCUGCAUUCCUCGCCCAGUCCCCUCAACUGGCUAAGCAGAUGGCUAUCGCUGCUGAUUUCAACCGUGUGUACGAAAUUGGUGCUGUAUUCCGUGCCGAAAACUCCAACACUCACCGUCACCUGACGGAGUACACUGGAUUGGAUCUUGAGAUGGCCAUUGAGGAGCACUACCACGAGAUGCUCGAGACCCUCGAUGCUGUGAUUAAGAAUAUUUUGCAGGGUAUCUACUCCAAGCACCGCCGCGAGGUCGAACUUAUCAAGCACCAAUUCCCCUCCGAGGACCUUGUCUGGCUAGAGACUACCCCCAUCAUCCGCUUCACCGAUGGCAUCAAGAUGCUGAAUGAGUCCGGCUGGCUGAACGAAGACGGUCAACAACUGCCCCUCGAUGAAGACUUGGGAACUCGUGAUGAGAUCCGCCUUGGUGAGCUCGUCAAGGAGAAAUUUGGCACCGAUUACUACGUUCUGGACAAGUUCCCUCGCGGUGCUCGUCCAUUCUACACAAUGCCUGAUGCCGAGGACGACAAGUAUACCAACUCGUUUGACAUGUUCAUUCGCGGUCAGGAAAUUGUGUCCGGUGGUCAGCGUAUCCACGACCCUCACAUGCUCGAGGAAAACAUGCGCCGUGUGGGCAUUAACCCAGAUGACAUGGAGGAGUAUCUUGAAGGCUUCCGCUGGGGUGCUCCACCUCAUGCUGGUGCCGGUGUCGGCCUUGAGCGUAUUGUGAUGCUCAUUCUUCAGCUGGGCAAUAUUCGUCUGACCUCGUUGUUCCACCGCGACCCCAAGAGUCUGCCCGCCAAACCAGUCACAGAGAAGCUUAGACACCCUGAAUCUUCCACUCUGGAGCCUGUGUGGCAACACGAGCGGAAGACCAGAACCGCAGCGAACGUGAACGAGCUUCAGCCGCUCGAACACCUGGUCGCGAACUAUGGCGAUGCUACAUCGACCUCCUGGUUCGAUGAUCGCUUCAAGAUCUGGCGUGACAUGGUCACUGGUGCCGCUGUUGCAUACGUGCCCAGCUCCAGCAACUUCGCCAUCAUCCCCGGUGACCCGGCCUGUGACCCUAAGCAAUUCACCCGCACUAUCACGCAAUUCCUACAGUGGCUGCGCCGCGAGACCAAGCUCAAGCCUGUUUGGAUCCUCUGCUCGCCGGCAGUUGAAACCAUUCUAGGCGAACGGCUAGGCUGGCGCAGCUUGUCUUGCAUUGCCGAAGAGCGCGUCGACCCUUCACGCAACCAAGCCGCCUCUGACGGUGAGAUCGCACGCAAGCUCCGCCGCGCCGAAAGUGAAGGCAUCAAGCUGGUGUCCAUGAACCAGGGUGAGAUGGUCCCAGAUGACAUCCGCCAGAAGAUCGAUACUCGCAUCAGCGAGUGGCUAUCCAACCGCAAGGGUACACAAGUCCAUCUGUCCCAGAUCCGCCCAUGGUGCGACUCUGAGCACCGCUGGUACUUCUAUGCCUUGGACAAGGAAGGUACCGUGUGUGCUUUCGUUGCCUUGGCCCAACUCUCUCCCGCCCACGGCAUGCAGGUCAAGUACAGUCUUGACUUCCCUGGUGCCCCCAACGGUGUCAUUGAAUACAUCGUCACCCACGCCAUUCAGACAGCCGCCAAGAACGGUGUCAGUGGCCUCACUUUCGGCGCUGGUGCCACUUCCCAGCUCAUCCCUGGUCACAACAUGCACGGUACCAAGGUCAAGAUGCUGGAGCACACUUACGAGGCCCUGGCGAAGCAGUUCCACCUUGUUCGCAAGAGUGAGUUCCGUGCUAAGCUCGGUGCUACCGAAGACCCAUUGUACAUCUCGUACCCGUCCCAUGGCCUUGGCUCCAAGGGCAUUCGUGCAAUCCUGAACUUCUUCGAAGAUUAG